UCUCUCUCUCUCUCUCUGCUCUCUUUUUCUCGUUCUGCCUUUUCUGCCUCUGAGCGAGUGAGAGAUCGAGACGACGGAUGAUGGUUUCGGGGCGUUUCUCUUGGUGGCUCUGCUCCGUGUUUCUUCUCUGUGCUUCUCGGGCUCUGGGUGGCGACCCUUCUGUCUACUAUGAGUGGGAAGUCUCCUACAAGGAUGUGUCUCCUCUUGGAGUGAAGCAGAAGGUAAUUGCAAUCAAUGGAAUGUUCCCUGGACCUCCUAUCAAUGCAACCACCAACUGGAAUGUACUUGUGAAUGUCUGGAACAAUCUGGAUGAGCCGUUACUCAUCACUUGGUCUGGUAUACAACAAAGAAGAAAUUCCUGGCAGGAUGGCGUGUUGGGAACAACUUGCCCAAUUCCCGUUGGUUGGAAUUGGACAUACGAAUUUCAAGUCAAAGAUCAGAUUGGAAGUUUUUUCUACUUUCCAUCAAUCUAUCUUCAAAGAGCUGCAGGUGGCUAUGGUGAUUUUAUUGUGAAUAAUCGUGAAGUCAUUCCAAUACCUUUUGAAGCACCUGAUGGGGAUAUUACCCUUUUCAUAUCCGACUGGUAUACAAGGAGUCAGAAGGAUUUAAGAAGGGAUCUGGAUAAUGGUUUAGCUCUUGCGAUGCCUGAUGGGGUUCUUAUAAAUGGAUUGGGCCCAUAUCGGUAUGAUCAGGCACUUGUGCCACCUGGUAUAACAUAUGAGCAGAUAAAUGUUGAACCAGGAAAGACUUAUCGAGUCCGAGUUCAUCAUGUUGGUGUGUCAACUAGCCUAAAUUUUAGAAUUCAGAACCAUCAAAUGCUGCUUGUGGAGACUGAAGGGUCAUAUACAGUCCAGCAGAACUAUUCAAACCUUGAUAUUCAUGUUGGUCAGUCGUACACAUUCUUGGUCACAAUGGACCAGAAUGCAAGCAGUGAUUACUAUGUGGUUGCAAGUGCACGAUUUGUCAACUCAUCAGAGUGGACCAAAGUGACAGGUGUUGCCAUCUUGCACUAUUCCAAUUCUCAAGGCCCUGCAUCUGGCCCACUUCCUGAUCCACCAAAUGACAGUUAUGACAAAUCCUUCUCUGUUAACCAGGCCCGAUCAAUAAGGUGGAACACAUCAGCAAGUGGUGCACGUCCUAAUCCGCAAGGAUCCUUUAGAUAUGGUCAGAUUCCAGUUACUGAUGUGUACAGGAUAGAAAAUGAACCUGCACAAAUGAUCAAGGGGAAGAUGAGGACCACGUUGAAUGGAAUUUCAUAUUUCAUACCUUCCACACCUCUAAAGCUUGCAGACCAGUUUAACGUUCCUGGAAUUUUUAAGCUUGAUUUUCCAAACGAACCAAUGAACAGACCUCCAAAAAUGGAUACAUCAGUAAUAAAUGCUACCUACAAGGGAUUUGUAGAAAUUAUAUUUCAAAAUGCUGCUACAACUGUUCAGAGCUAUCACUUGGAUGGAUAUGCAUUUUUCGUUGUUGGAAUGGAUUAUGGAAACUGGACAGAGAACAGCAGAAACUCGUACAACAGGUGGGAUGCAGUUGCGCGCAGUACAACACAGGUUUUCCCUGGUGGAUGGACAGCCAUUCUGGUUUAUUUAGACAACGUGGGAAUGUGGAAUUUGCGUGCUGAGAACCUUGACUCAUGGUAUCUGGGGCAGGAACUCUACAUGAGGGUGGUUAAUCCAGAAAUUAACAAUAAAACAGAGUUGACACCUCCCGACAAUGCUAUAUUUUGUGGUGCACUUAAAUACAUGCAGCAGGAAUCUUAUGAUCAUAAGCAUGGUCCGGCAUUCUCACCGGCUUGGACUCUCACCACACAUAGAUCCAUGCUGGUGUUGCUUCUCAUUAUUUGGGCAGCUGCUUUUUACUGAAGAGGACACAGUAAGAGUUUUAUUUGCAACCUGGUGAAGACUGACGUCAAAACUAAUCAUCUGCUAGCUGAUUUUUUUACAAGUGUAGAUUGAGACAGAGAAGAAGGAGAACAGUUUUACAAAAAUGUGACAACUUGCAUUCUCCUGACCGAUCAAACAAGCAAUUAUGUGAUAUUUCUGUAGAGCAACUUGUGGAAAUUUUUUCUUUUUUCUAAUGUUUCACCGGUAAAUGUACAUGACAUUUUGAUUCUUUAGGUUUAAGAACAAUAUAAAACCGAAAAAAAAAGGAAUUUAUUCUUUUAGGAAAUGAGAUUGGUUAACUGUA